AUGGGGGAGCCGGGGCAGCCUGGGGAGGGCAGCGGAGCGCGAGAGACCCCCGUGCCCACCUACAGCUGGGAAGAGAUCCGGAAGCACUGCCUGCCCACGGACAAGUGGCUGGUGAUAGAACGGAAGGUGUAUGACAUCACCCGGUGGGCUGAUCGGCACCCUGGAGGCAGCCGCCUCAUCAGCCACCAUGCGGGAGAGGAUGCUACGGAUGCUUUCCACGCCUUCCACCAGGACCUGUGUUUUGUGAAGAAGUUCUUGAAGCCCUUGCAGAUUGGGGAGCUGGCCCCUGGAGAGCCCAGCCACGACAGAGAGCAAAAUGAGCAGCUGAUUGAGGAUUUCCGUGCCCUGCGCAAGACUGCAGAGGACAUGAAGCUGUUUGAGGUCGACACUGAGUUCUUCUCCCUAAUGUUGGGUCACAUCCUGCUCAUGGAGGGGUUCGCCUGGCUGAUGGUCUACCUCCUGGGCAAUGGCUGGGUCCCCACCAUCCUUGCUGCUGUGGUCCUGGCCAUCUCCCAGGCUCAAUCCUGGUGUCUGCAGCAUGACCUUGGACAUGUGUCUUUCUUCAAGAAGUCCAGGUGGAACCAUGUGGCCCAGCAAUUUGUGAUGGGACAGCUGAAGGGUUUCUCGGCCCACUGGUGGAACUUCCGUCACUUCCAGCACCACGCCAAGCCCAACGUCUUCUACAAAGACCCAGAUGUGACAUUGGCCCCCGUCUUUCUCCUGGGAGAGUCAUCAGUGGAGUAUGGCAAGAAGAAGCGGCGGUAUCUACCCUACAACCAUCAACACCACUAUUUCUUCCUAAUUGGGCCACCCCUCCUCACACUGGUGAAUUUUGAGGUGGAAAACCUGGCGUAUAUGCUGGUGUGCAUGAGGUGGACGGACCUGCUGUGGGCCAUCAGUUUCUACGUGCGAUUCUUCACGUCCUACAUGCCCUUCUACGGCGUCCCAGGAACCCUGUUCUUCUUCGUCUCAGUCAGGGUCCUGGAGAGCCACUGGUUUGUGUGGAUCACCCAGAUGAAUCACAUUCCCAAGGACAUUGGCAGCGAGAAACACAGAGAUUGGGUCAGCGCCCAGCUGACAGCCACUUGUAACGUGAGGCAAUCCCGCUUUCUUGAUUGGUUCAGCGGCCAUCUCAACUUCCAGAUUGAACAUCACCUCUUUCCCACGAUGCCUCGGCACAAUUACCACAAGGUUGCUCCCCUGGUGAAGUCUCUCUGUGCCAAACAUGGGCUCAACUACGAGGUGAAGCCUUUCCUGAAAGCCCUGACCGACAUUGUCGGGUCCCUGAAGAAGUCUGGUGAUGCUUGGUUGGAGGCUUACCUCCAUGAGUGAAGCUGCCUAGGCAGAGAAAGCCCAGGGCAACCUUGCCACCUUAUGCCCUAGGAGGUGGGCAUCCAGCCCCACCUGCACAGGGAGGCUGCUGCCUCCCUCGGUGCAGGCCAAGCCCGAACCCCUUGCAUCAUCCCAACUCUCAGCCUCACACUUGACGACUGAUUUGGGGGGGAGUUGGGGAGGGGAGUGAGCCCUUUGAAGAAGGCAUCUCUACCAAGCUCAGCCCUGUACAACCGGGCCCCAGCUGUUCCCCCAGGGCUGGCACAGCCUCUCCUCUGGGUCUUUUCUGGCCCCGCAGCCCCAGGCCCCACCUGGACAGAUCCCAGGGGACUUGCCCAGGGAGCGUGGGCUCAGGCCAGACCCCGCUGCAGAGGAGGAAGCUGCCGACGUGCUUCUUGGAUCUGUUCUCCGCCUCUGCCCGUGAUCCCUGCCGGGCUCCAGCUCCUGCCUGGUUUGUGAGCACUGUAGGUUAAUGAUUAAAAACACACCGAUAAGCUGGA